UCAAACUGGCACAGAAAACAUGCCCUUGUCGAUCGUAUGCAGGUAAAACUGACUUAGACACCGUAGUCGUAUUGACAUUUUCUCUUUAUUUUUAUCUCAACAAAGCCUACCUUCUCUUCCAAUUCUGUCAACGGUCACCAUCAUUAAAAAGUUUCAUCUUCUCACCGUCAAACAAGCAACUAUCCAUGAUAAUACUUUUCUCAUCUUCAUAAUAACAAAGAUCUACCUUUUUCAAAUUCGAGCAGAACUUGUGUAUCAACAAUGGAUUCUGCCGAUGAAAAGUUGAUCAAUAAUGGCUCACGCAAGACCAGGAUGCGAGCCCAUUCAUUCUCACUUUCAUUCUUCUCCGACAAUACUUCCAAUACAAAAGCCAGCAAGAAACUUUCAAAAAAAUCUUCCAAGAAAUCAUUACAGCAACAAAGUCUAAACGAUCGCAUACCUUCACUACCAUUCCAAUAUUCUCGCAAGACAGCAUCACAGCUCAAUGGGAUCGAAAAGGAUGACGAUGCCGUCCCCUCAAGAAAGAGUCUUGACUGGAAUCCAAGAGUGUUCAGAAAAGCCAUUAGACCGACAAAUGAAUCUGAUGAAUUUGGAUGUUGUGGAAUUGCCGAUCUUCCUGUCCAAAGUCCUGUUUUAUCAAUCGGAACGAACGCAGACAGUCCUAAUCAAAUGCCUUUUGAGGUUUCCACUCCGCUCGAUCACCCGGCAUGUAUGCUGUUCCAGGAUCAUGAUGAAGAUUCGCUUGAUAUGGCCACUUUAUUGGAUCAUACUCUGCUUCCCAUCAUGACAACAUCACCAGUCCCCUUUCCAACAACAACAAAGAUGCCCACCGGCAAGAGGCAAUCGACAAAGGGUUUCGUUUCAUCGACAAAGAACAUGCCUCUUUAUUCACCUUCUCACUCUUCCGCUUCGGCUUCUUCAGCAUCUUGUUCUUCUUCUUCUGAUGCACAUCAACUUCGAUCAUCUCAAUUGCCAAUCUCGUCAUUGCCAAUGCACAACACAACAAAAGCACCUCGACCAGCACGAUCUUUACCUUCUUUGCGAUCAACUUUUGCACGAGCACAUAGCGAUAGUGUAGUGGACAUUAACCGUAAACCAUCUAGUAAACGUGUUCAAGAUGAACAGAAUUCACUUGGCCUCUGUUUGGGAAAAACGAUGCUUCAAUUGGACGAGAUUGAAAGUUCUGCCAAAAGCAUGAUUAGCUCUAAGCAAAGAUCACCGCUUCGUGAAAGGAGACAAAAGCCGCCUUUGCAUAUCAAUCCAUCCAAUCCGGCUUCAAUGGUAAAAUCUGCCUUUUCACCCGCUUCAGCCACUCCUGCAAAUUUAAUGACAGAUGGUUCAAUCUUUUCUCCUACGAUGAGAACAAGUGGAAAUCCGGCCGCAAAGAUGACGCUUCGAAUGCGUCGUAGUAAAGCAGCUUUGCUGUCUCCUCCUCCUUGUCCACCUCCGACCACACCAUUACCGGUCAUUCCUUUCUCACCCUCCGCUGGUGAAAGUGCUGCUGCAUCUACUCCUCCAAUCUCAAAAGUUGAUUCAAGCACAGAUCAUGCUACAGAUCUUUCUCACGGCGCAAAAGAAGAGGUUCCCGCCUCUCAAGUCAAAGUUCCAUCAAGCACAAUCGUUCCCUCCGCGGCCAACACAAUUACUCCCAAAAAGGUAACAGAUACCUUUCCAGAGGAAAAGCAGGAAAAAGCACAAAUACGUGAAGAAAAAGGAUUAUCCUAUCAAUCCGUUGCAUCUGCACAAUUUAGUGAAACUUCUUUUGAUUCUUAUCAAACGGUUUCACGUUCAUCCUACGAAACGCCAAAGAGGAUGUCAAAAGCAUCAAUGUACUUAAGCACAAGCACAACACCGAACGAAAUGAACAAAUCGGAAGAUGAUCAAGAUAAUACAACCAUCAAUACAGAUGCAGCCAUUCAAGUUGAACAAAUUUCUCUUGAUGACACUAUUCAAAGUCCUUCUUCUGAUGUUCACAUUAUCGGUUACGCUUUCUAGAUUCAUUUCUCUCUCCACAAUCUCUUCCAUCAUUCGUCUUCUAUCUAUGUAUUUUCUACCUACCUUUAAACACAAGCACAAGCAAAUGCCCUUCUGUCUCUCAAGGAUGGCAUCAGCUCUUCCAGGUCGUUCUCUGUCAUCUGUAUUCUACUCUCAGCUUUAGACUAUAAA